UUUGUAGUAGCUAAGCUUUACUAAAAGUAAUAGCUUGUCCAAAUUUAACACACAUUGACAUUAGUCAAUAGUCUAUUAAGACACAUUUAAAUAUUUACAAAUAACAGUUUAUACAAGAUUUCUAUUUACCUCGUAUCAUGUAUAGAGGCUGCUAAAUCUCAAACGUUAAGAGUUCUUAUACGUUUAGCAACCCAGUACGGCACGGCCGCGCCCGCGGCAACACAGACUGUCGGACAGCACCUAUACGUUACUAAUACGACACACGAGAGCCACGAGAAGAUAGAUCUCUUAGAGCAAAAUUUAAAGAAAUAUUUUUGUAAAUUUUAAAGUUACUUUUCUCAUGAACGCGUAGAGGUAUUAAAUUGAGUUUGUACGGAACCCUCGAUGCGCAAGUCUCACUCGCCGGUUCUUUUGGUUGAACGCGGUAAUGUCCAAACAUAUAACAGCAUCGCUAUCAACUUUGAGGGCUAUCUUGAGUACGAUCUUGAGAUGCUAUUUUGUAUGAAAACAGUAUCUCAAGAUCGUAGUCUCAUACGGGCUCUAGUUAGUCAUUCCUAUCAACAUUAACUCCCUCCUUUGUGACGUAAAACACAGCGAUUAAGCCGCUCGAAUUAAAAUGCCCGUCAGGUACCUAGCCUGGAGGUUGGACCACAGAACAAUGACAGAGGUUGGGCUUUGGCCGCGGAACCCUAAUAAUGAACCCCGCAGCAUAAUCCGCGGUGGGUGGUGUGUAGUAAAGUAACACAAAAAGUAAUUUGGAGACCGAGACGAGCUUGUCGUUGUCGGUCGGGCCGAUAGAGGAGUGGGGCGGGAGUUGACGGGACACGGGAGUGGGUGGGACGCGUGCGAGACGAGCUUGUCGUUGUCGGUCGAGUCUAGGGUUGCCAGGCCAUAAAAUGCAAAGGCCGGACUGCGCACUAUAUAAGGCCUGACAUUUUGCCUAAAAGCCGGAGCCAUAUUUAUAACUAGUGGCCCGCCCUCGCUCCGCUUCGGUGUAGAGCUGUAGUGUAAACUAUAGUUUUUGUUCUCAGGCUUGUGCUAUAAACAAUGACUUUAUUUAUAUAAUUACACGUGUUAUUGUGAGUCAACCAUAAAAUAUAGACAUAUGCUGUUGCGGGAUAUUUUUUAGACAAUUUUAUGUAGAAUAUUUUCGUCAUACAUGAUUUCUAUGUAACUUUAACCAUUAAGGCUGCACACGCGACGGAAGCUUAAAAAAUGGAGUAACUUCUCCCGUUUUCCCAACAUUUCCCUUCACUACUCUGCUGCUAUUGAUUGUAGCGUGAUGAAAAGUAUACUAUAACCUGCCCAGGAGUAUGAAGAAUAAUUGUACCAAGUUUGGUUAAAAUCCGUCGAGUAGUUUUUGUUUCUAUAAGGAACAUACACACAGACAGACAGACAGACAAAAAUUUUACUGAUUGCAUUUUUGGCAUCAGUAUCGAUCACUAAUCACCCCCUGAUAGUUAUUUCGAAAAUAUAUUUCAUGUACAGAAUUGACCUCUCUACGGAUUUAUUAUAAGUAUAGAUAUCAGACAGCUGGGCGGGGUAGUCACGCGCCGCGCGCGCAAACAGUUUGCUCUCUUGUCCGCUCCGACGCUCGUCCGCCCAUCUUCGUACGAAUCGCCACUCUGACAAAAAGCCUGACAAAAGCCGGAUAGGCCAAACACGUACAUAUUUGGCCGGACGCGACCGCAAAAAGCCAAACGUGUCCGGCUAAAGCCUGGCAAGCCUAGACGGGUCGAUAGAUUAGUGGGGCGGGAGUUGACGGGACACGGGAGUGAGUGGGACGCGUGCGACACGUUGGAGUGUCGAGAGCGCUUGACGUGCGCGAGAUUGGGCGGCGCGGGCGCGAGCUGUGCGCCGCGCGUGAUCGCGCGCUGUCUGUUUACGUAUUUCGAACGAGAGGUCACAAAAUCAACGGCUGUUUAGAUAAUCGCGUUGAGGUCGAAUCGGACAAUUGCGAAUUUGUCGUAAUCGCCUGGCGAGAUCAACCGAUGGAACUAAAGAUAUUAAUAACUUUGAUGCAACAGCUGUUGCAGUUGCAAUAUUCUAAUAGAUGAGAUUACAGACGGAGGCCUUUAGGCUAGCAUCGUCAUUAGAUGCCGUGUGCAAAAAUCUUUGGUACCCGGAAGUAGGUACCUAAUUAAAAAUAUCUCAUAUUAUCUCAGGGUCGAUGCACUUUUCACCCUAGGCAAAAAAUAAAAAAAAAUAAUGUAUCCGAAAUCUCCGUCUUCGUAAGCCGUGCGUACAAUGUGGAGUGUUAUAUGGAUAGCAUCUUAGAGAGCGUUUUCGCCGACCUUCCUCGUCCUUGUGCGAUAACCCGCGCGACCUCGACCCUGCUAUCACACUCUUUUAACGGGAUGUUCUUCGUCCGCGGCAGCAUUCCGCUCGCGUACUCGUCCGCGGCAACCUCUCGUCCCGCCACUCGGGACUCAUAGCGCUCGACGUCGAGCAUCAAAGUGUCCCCUGGACGCAGUGCCUUCGUAUCACCAGAUAGUGAACAAAGAAAACUCAAAAUGCCGAGCGCAACAGUAAACGGAGAGAAAUCAGCCGCCGCCAAUGACAUCGUGUUGACGGGCAUCUCCGGCCGCCUUCCCGAUUCUGAAUCCAUCGAAGAGUUCGCGCAGAAGUUGUUCGAUGGAGUGGAUCUCGUGUCAGCUGACGACCGCCGCUGGCCUCCAGGACUUCAUGGACUCCCUGAACGUAACGGAAAGCUCAAAGACUUGGAGCAUUUCGAUGCGACCUUCUUCGGUGUGCACGCGAAACAGGCACACCUCAUGGACCCGCAGCUGCGGCUGCUGCUGGAAACCACGCACGAGGCCAUCGUCGACGCGGGCUUCUCCGCCGCAGAGCUGCGCGGCACCCGCACAGGCGUCUACGUCGGCGUCUCCAACUCCGAAUCGGAAGAAAUGUGGACCGCCGACCCCGACAAGAUCAACGGCUACGGGCUCACGGGGUGCUGUCGAGCCAUGUUCCCCAACCGGAUUUCCUACACGUUCGACUUGAAGGGUCCGUCUUACGCCAUCGACACCGCCUGCUCGAGUUCGCUGUUCGCACUCGCGCAAGCUUUCAUGGCCAUCCGUGCGGGACACUGCGACGCUGCCAUCGUGGCCGGCUCCAACUUGUGCCUGAAGCCGGGCAACUCGCUGAACUUCCACCGCUUGAGCAUGCUGUCGCCGGACGGGCGCUGCGCGGCGUUCGACGCCAGCGGGAAGGGCUACGUGCGGUCGGAGGCCGUGGUGGCGGUGCUGCUGCAGCGCCGCAGCGACGCGCGCCGCGUGUACGCGACCGUCCACAACGCGCGCAUGAACGUCGACGGCCAAAAGGAACAGGGUAUCACUUUCCCGUCCGGCGCCAUGCAACGACAGCUCGCAAAGGAAACUUUCGACGAAGUGCGAUUGCGCCCUCAAGAUGUCGUUUACGUAGAGGCGCACGGCACCGGCACCAAGGUGGGCGACCCCCAGGAGGUGAACGCGAUCGCAGAUUUGUUCUGUGAGAAUCGCACGAACCCGCUGUUGCUGGGCUCGGUGAAGUCCAACAUGGGCCAUUCGGAGCCGGCGUCGGGCUUGUGCUCGAUCGCCAAACUAGUCGUCGCUAUGCAAAGCGGUGUCAUCCCUGGCAAUUUACACUACAAAUCUCCAAACUUGGACAUUCCCGCCCUUAGCGAUGGACGUAUAAAGGUGGUCGACAAAAACACACCCUGGGAAGGCGGUCUGGUGGCCGUGAACUCGUUCGGGUUCGGCGGCGCCAACGCGCACGUGAUCCUGGAGGUGGAGCGCGGCGCGCCGGCCCGCGCGGUCGAGGCGCACUAUGCGGUGCCGCGCCUCGUGCUGGCCUCGGGCCGCACCGACGCCGCCGCGCGCGAGAUGCUGGCGCUGGCGGCGCGGCACCCGCGCGACGCCGGCCUGCACGCGCUCAUAGACGCGGUGCAUGCGCGGCCGCAGCCCGGCCACGCGCACCGCGGGUACGCGCUGCUGGACCCCUACCGCGAGGAAGUGGAGGAGUUCGAGGGCGGCGAGCCGCGGCCCGUUUGGUUCGUGUUCUCGGGCAUGGGGUCGCAGUGGGCCGGCAUGGGCAACACUCUGAUGCAGCUGCCGGUGUUCGCGCAGAGCAUCGAGCGCUCAGCGGCGGCGCUCAAGAAGCACGGCGUCGAUCUAAUCCACGUCCUCACUGAAGCGCCGAACGCCGCUUUCGAAGAAGUCAUCAACUCUUUUGUGUCCAUCACGUCCGUACAAGUCGCGCUCGUGGACGUUUUGCGCUCCGUCGGCAUCCGACCCGACGGCAUGGUGGGCCACUCCGUCGGUGAAAUGGGUUGCGCGUACGCCGACGAGACAUUGACCGCGGAGCAAGCGGUGCUGGCGGCGUACUGGCGAGGCCGCAGCAUCGUGGACGCCAAGCUGGCGCCGGGCGCGAUGGCGGCGGUGGGCCUCACGUGGGAGGAGUGCGCGCGCCGCUGCCCGUCAGAUGUGUUCCCGGCCUGCCACAACGCCGCCGACAGUGUCACGAUUUCGGGCCCAGUUCCAUCGAUAGAGAAGUUCGUUGCCCAGUUGUCAGCGGAGGGCAUAUUCGCGCGUCGCGUAAACAGCAGCGGCGUGGCGUUCCACAGCAAGUACAUCGCUAUGGCAGCGCCCCUGCUGCGCCGCAGCCUCGAGCGAGUCAUCACACAUCCCAAGCCCCGCACCGCGCGCUGGGUCUCCUCCUCGCUGUCCCCCGAGCAGCGCAACACCGACAUAGCCAAGAUGAGCGACGUGGCGUACCACGUGAACAACCUGCUGUCGCCGGUGCGUUUCGCGACCGCGCUGUCCGCGGUGCCGGCGCGCGCGCUGGUGGUGGAGGUGGCGCCGCACGCGCUGCUGCAGGCCGUCCUCAAGCGGGCCCUCCCCGCCCCCGCCGCGCACGUGCCGCUCGUGCGCCGCGACCAGCCCGACCCGCUGCGCCAGCUGCUGGCCGCCGUGGGCCGCGCCUACGUGGCCGGCGCGCAGCCCGCCGUGGCCGCGCUCUACCCGCGCGUGGCCUGGCCCGUGCCGCGCACCACGCCCGGCCUCGCCUCCAGCGUGCGGUGGGACCACGCCAUCGAGUGGGCCGUCGCCGACUUCUCCGGCCCCUCGCGCUCCGCGGAGAACGUCAUCGAGGUCGAUCUGUCGCGCGCCGAGGACGCGUACCUCACCGGCCACCAGAUCGACGGCCGCAUCCUGUUCCCGGCGACCGGAUAUCUGACCCUGGUUUGGCGAACGAUGGCGAAGAUGCAUAAUAAGAAACUCGAGGAGACGCCGAUCGUUCUCGAGAACGUUCAGUUCAAACGAGCGACCAUAAUGAAUCGCGAGACCACCCUCCGCUUCAUGGUGACCGUCCUGGAGGGCACCGGCGAGUUCAACGUGUGCGAGGGUGGCGCCGCGGUCGUGACGGGGACCGUGCGCCUCGCCGAAGGUGGCGAUAAGGAGUUCCUGAAGCUGGAGGCGCCCGAGAAGUUCCAGUCCGAGGAGGGAUCCGUGUCGCUCGUGCAGGAGGAUGUCUACAAGGAGCUGCGCCUGCGCGGCUACGACUACAACGGCAUGUUCCGCGGCAUCCGCUCCUCCGACUCGUCGGGCCAGAGCGGUCGCGUGACCUGGGCCGACAACUGGGUGUCCUUCAUCGACACCAUGCUGCAGGUGUCGAUCAUCCAUAAGAAGACUCGCGAACUGUACCUGCCCACGCGGCUCGACCGCGCGGUCAUCGACCCCGCCAAGCACGCGGCGGCGCUCGCCGGCGCCGACUCGCUGCCGAUCCGCCUCCACCCGAACAUCUGCGUCAUCGCGAGCGGCGGCGUCGAGCUGCGCGGCCUCAAAGUGAGCAUCGCCCCGCGCCGCGUCAACGCGCAACCACCCCCCAAACUGGAGAAAUACACGUUCCGGCCGUACGACGACGCGACCGUCGCGACCGACGACGCGACCCGCUCCAAGCGCGACGCGAUGAUCGCGUGCCUGCAGCUCGUGCUCGAGAACUGCGGCUCGCUGCGGCUGAAGAGCACCGAGGCGGCGCUGCAGCGGCCGGCGGAGGCGCUGCUGACGCCGCUCGCGCUGCAGCUGUUCGACGCCGAGCCGGAGGUGCGCAUCGCCGCGAGCGUGGCGGUGGCCGGCGCUCCCGCGCCGUACUCGGCCACUCUGCAACCGCUCGGCGUGAAAGUGACGCAGAAGGACGUCCUCGCCGCGUCGCCGGACAGCGACUGCCAGCUGGUGAUGGCCGCCGACGUGCUGGCUCGGCACGGCGCGGAGGCGCUGCGGCAGCUGGGCGGCGCGCUGGCGGAGCGCGGCAUGGUGCUGCUGGAGGAGCCGCGCGGGGCCGCCGACGGCCCGACCGCGGUCGCCGCCUUGAAGCACGCGGGGCUCGCGGUCGUGGCGCGCCAGGUGGCCGCCUCCUGCGAGUACGUGCUGCUGCGCCGCGCGGUCCGACUACCCGAAGAAUACGACGUGGUCGAAGUGGGCGCCGAUGCGGAUUACGCGUGGGUGGAUUCGCUGCGCGAGGCUUUGGAGAGCGCGGAGUCCGGAGACCGGCGCGUGUAUGUCGUGGGUCGCGGCGCGUCAGGCGCGCUGGGCCUGGGCACGUGCCUGCGCGCGGAGCCGGGCGGCGCGGCGGUGCGCGCGUUCCUGGUGCCGGGCGGGGCGCCGCCCUUCAGCCCCGACGCGCCCGCCUACCGCGACCAGGUGCGGCGCGACCUCGUCUGCAACGUGCUGCGCGCCGGCGUGUGGGGCUCCUACCGACACCUGCCGCUCGCCGAUUCCGCCGACGCUCUACUCCAGGUGGAGCACGCGUACGUGAACACGCUGACGCGCGGCGACCUGGCGUCGCUGCGCUGGAUAGAGUCGCCGCUGCGGUUCGUGCACGAGACGCCGCUGGCGCGGGGCUCGGAGCUGUGCCGCGUGUACUGCGCGCCGCUCAACUUCCGCGACAUCAUGCUGGCCACCGGCAAGCUGCCGCCCGACGCGCUGCCCGGCAACCUCGCCGGACAGGACUGCAUCCUGGGUCUAGAGUUCAGCGGUCGCGCUGAGGACGGUCGCCGCGUGAUGGGCAUGGUGGCGGCCCGCGGGCUCGCGACCAGCGUGGUCGCAGACUCCGCGUUCCUGUGGGACGUGCCCGCGGCGUGGUCGCUGGAGGAGGCGGCCACGGUGCCGGUCGCGUACGCCACCGCGUACUACGCGCUGGCGGUGCGCGGGCGCAUGCGGCGCGGUGACUCGGUGCUGGUGCACGCGGGGUCGGGCGGCGUGGGUCAGGCCGCCAUCGCCAUCGCGCUGCACGCCGGCGCCACCGUCUUCACCACCGUCGGCACGCCCGACAAACGAGCCUUCCUGCACGAGCGCUUCCCCCAACUCCUGGACGAAAACAUUGGCAACUCCCGCGACACCAGCUUCGAGCAACUCGUCCUGGAGAGAACCGACGGCAGAGGCGUCGACCUCGUGCUCAACUCGCUGGCCGAUGACAAACUGCAAGCGUCGAUCCGCUGCCUGGCCGAGGGAGGCCGUUUCCUCGAAAUCGGCAAGCUCGAUCUCUCCAACAAUACGCCUCUGGGUAUGGCGAUAUUCCUGAAGAACACCACCUUCCACGGUAUCCUCUUAGACGCGUUGUUCGAGGCGGGAGGCGAUGACAUAGAGAAGGCGGCCGUGGUGCGCUGCAUGAACGAAGGCAUGCGGUCGGGAGCCGUCCGCCCGUUACCUUCCACUGUAUUCGGAGACCAACAACUGGAGCAGGCCUUCAGAUACAUGGCGACGGGCAAGCACAUCGGCAAGGUGGUGAUCCGCGUCCGCGAAGAGGAAGCUCGCGGCGCGCGGCCCGCCAGCAGGCUGGUGUCGGCGCUGCCCCGCACCUACAUGCACCCCGGCAAGGUCUACGUGCUGGUGGGCGGGCUGGGCGGCUUCGGCCUGGAGCUAGCUCGCUGGCUGGUCUCCCGCGGCGCUCGCAAGAUCGUCUUCGUGUCCCGCAGCGGAGUACGCACCGGCUACCAAGCUUGGGUAGUCCGCUCCUUGAAGCAAAACGGCGCGGAAGUGCAAGUGUCCACUCAGGACGCGACCACGCCUGAGGGCGCGCGGGAGUUGAUGCGCGCCGCGGCCGCCAUGGGGCCUGUGGGCGGCGUGUUCAAUCUGGCCGCUGUGCUGCGGGACGCCUUCCUCGAGAACCAAACCCCGGCGGACUUCCAGGUCGUCGCCAAGCCCAAAGUUGACGGCACGAUAGCCCUGGACGCUGCGACGCGCGAGCUCGCGCCGGAGCUGGAGUACUUCGUGGUAUUCUCGUCGGUGUCGUGCGGCCGCGGCAACGCCGGACAGUCCAACUACGGAUAUGCCAACUCCGUCAUGGAGCGCAUCGUCGAACAACGGCAAGCUGACGGCCUGCCUGGACUGGCGGUGCAGUGGGGAGCUAUCGGCGAAGUGGGCAUGAUCGUGGAGCAGAUGGGCGGCGACGAGACAGUGGUGGGCGGCACUGUACCUCAGCGCAUCGCGUCUUGUAUGGAGGCGCUCGGGACGAUGCUGGCGCUGCCCCACGCCGUGGCCGCGUCCAUGGUGCUGGCCGACAAGCAGCGCCGCGCCGCCGCGCCCGCGCAGGACCUGGUGCACGUGGUGGCCAACGUGCUGGGCAUCAAGGACCCGUCCAAGGUGUCGGACACGGCCAACCUCGCCGAGCUGGGCAUGGACUCGCUGAUGGGCGCCGAGAUCAAGCAGACGCUCGAGCGCAGCUUCGACGUCGCGCUCAGCGUGCAGGAGAUCCGCGGCCUCACGUUCGCCAAACUGCGCGAAAUGUCCGGCGGCGGCGGAGGGGAGAUCGAGGAGGACGUUCCGGCGGCGGCGGAGGUCGAGGCGAGUGCGGACGCCGAGAAGGAGGAUCCGCUCGUGCAAAUGGCGGCGAUGGGGGAGCUGGUGCCGGCGCAGGUAGUGGUGCAGCUGCCCAGCGCGGGGGCGGGGGCGGGGCGCGUGUUCUUCCUGCAUCCCAUCGAGGGCGUGGUGGAUGUGCUGCGCGGGCUGGCGGCGCAGGUGCGCGGCGAGGUGCUGGGGCUCCAGUGCGGGCGCGCGGCGCCCCUCACCGACAUGGCGGCGCUGGCGCGCUUCUAUCUGGCGCACGUGCGCGCCGUGCAACCCGACCCGCCCUAUACGCUGCUGGGGUACUCCUUCGGCGCCGGCGUCGCCUUCGAGAUGGCGCUCCAACUCGAACAGGAGAAUUGCGCCUUGCGGCUGGUGCUCGUUGACGGUUCGCCGGCAUAUCUCGCCACGCACACGACUCGCGGCAAGAAGAAGAGUUCCGAACCCUCCGCCAGCACUAACGAAGCGAACGGCCUGGCUUACUUCAUCCAACAGUUCAAAGACAUCGACUUCGUCAAGGUGGCGAACGAGCUGGAGCGUCUCCCGAGCUGGGAGGCUCGCAUGCAGCGCACCGGCGCCAUGCUGGCCGGCGUGGCGUCCCACUCGGCCGCGGACUUCGCGACGGCCGCCGAGUCCUUCUACCGCAAGCUGGUGAUCGCCGACUCGUACCGGCCCACGCGCAAGCUGGCGGCGCCCGUGGCGCUGUUCAGCGCGCGCGACAACUACGUCACGCUCGGCGACGACUACGGGCUGCGGCAGGUCACCAGCGGGGCCCUCCACACGCAGCAGCUGCCCGGAAACCACCGCUCCAUCCUCACCGGCGACGCCGCGCGCGUCAUCGCCUCCCGCGUCUCCGAAAUGCUGGCCGAGCCCGCCCACUAGCCCGCGGCCGCGGCCGGCGCCGUCAAUCGCCGCCGCCGCCGCCGCCGCCGCCGCCGCUAGCUGCGCCGCUGUUCAGACCCGGUGCCGGGCGGUGUCGAUAACGUGAUUGACUGUCGUCCCCGAGACGGUGACGGCCGUCUCCCGCGGUGGACGGUGCGAAUGCGAUGCCCGCGUUCCGCCGCGGCCGGCGGCCGUGCGACCUAGUGUUUUUGAAAAAGUUAACCUCUCGAUUUUUAUAUUGUCUCGAAUCACUUUUGAAAUUUUGUAAAAGUAGUCUAUCGGUGUUUAAAAAUGCGCGCUCCGAAAUCGAUGUUCCCGGUCUCUCUCUGUGAGUCUGCGAGAUAGAUAUCGUGUAGUAGUAAAAAAAAAGAUAUAUUUAUGGUGUGUAGUAUUUUUGUACGUCCUCGACUUCGUUUCGGAAGGAGCGACCUGCGACCUGCGGGCUGCGGAGAUCCGUAGCUGUCGAUUGUGCGGACAGCUCGAGCGAAACGUUAUGUAGUGUUACAUAAUUUCGUAUAGUAUGACGGAUCACAUUCGCUGGAGUGCAGUGAGUGCCGGUGAGUGCGAUGCGCACCGCCUUCUCAGACUUUUGACAUCACAUGUAUUUAAUUAAUUUAGAUGUAAGUUAGCUGUAUGUCUAAGUCCUUUUGUAUGGUUGUUGUGGUAAUUUAUUUGUUUCUGACGAGGUGUCAGCGCCCUGUGAUUAAAAGUGCAUUAUUUUUUGAA